UACUACUAGCACUACUCAACCUAUACCAGAUCACUCGAUUCCUUCACCUUGCCCUGAUCGGUCCCUGCGUUAUGAGCCGCUUCUGGAAUAAUGGCCCCAUCCCUUCCCGAUGAUCCGCGCUUGUUGCGUCACCCAUCAUGGUCCCGGCGGUCCAAGACUCGAACCAUGUCCCCUACUACGGAGUAAACCACGCAACACCUGACGUAGCCUCGUCGUUCCCACACAUUCCAACCGUCCAUAUUAAUUACUUCCGUCCAGCUAAAUUGCUUGUUGCGCUCUUUACAAUUCAAUCAUCUUGGUGAAUAUCUUUAACAAUGUCUCAGACCGCAAGGCCCGCCAAGGGCGCCACCACGACCACAACAGAGUCUCUUCUAGACACCCCAAUCACUCCGCCGCUCCAAGCGCGAAAGACUCGCGAUCAUGCGAGUCGCGAUGCACUACUGGACCCCUUCUCAGACCCUCGGCAGCGUCCUCGCUCGUCAAGCGCCGUGGGCCAUCCCACACCCGCUCAUUCCGCACCCCGUCGCAGCGCCAGCAAUGCGCACUCGAGGCACAGGUCCACGAACAGCCGCGAUGCCAAGCCGCUCGAGUACAUGAAGUCGCACAAUCGCAGCGCGAACAAGACGCACAGGCGAGGAGCGAGCCUGACCGACCCGAUCGAUGCGCUCGACACGAUCGGGGGAGGAUACCACCAUGAUGGACCGUACGAGGCGACGCUGGCCUCGAGGAACAGGAACCCAAAGUACGCGCCCCUCAACGCGGUCCGGGACUCCAACAACGAGGCGCUGCGCGCGACGCCGAGGGAGUUCAUCGAGGACUCGCUGCGACUGCACGUGCCGCUGCAGGGCGUGGCGACCAUCCCGGCGGGUAUGACGCACGGCGAUCAGGUCAUGAACUAUAAGGAGGGCGCCGAUCUGAUGCGGGAGGAAGACGCUGAAGGUGGUGCGUACAAGCGCUGGGACGGCGUCAAAUAUCACCCGGAUGAUCUCAAGGGCAAGGGCGAGCCGAGCUACACGUACGAGCGAGAUCAGGUGCAGAAGGGCAAGGGACUGCUAGAGCCCGAAGGGAUCGAGUUGCGUCCGCAAUACCGGAUGAGGAGCCACAGCAGUGGUGCCCAUGGCGGCGCAUCUACCGGACGCGAGGGCGGCGACAUUGGGAGGAGCAAUACGACCGGCAAGAAGCGGCUCAGCGAUGGUUUGAAGCGGCGGUUUGGCAUGAAGAAAGACGUGCCAGCCGGGGAGGUGCAUUGAAUUAUUGUCAUGUUUUCACUUUUGCACAUAGGAUAGGACAGGCGUUCUCAUGGGUAUAGAAAUGUAUAUGCAAUCUACAAAUACGCCAAACCUGUCCAUGCCAAGACGCCCCUGAGCUCGUCUCGCGUCUCACUCACGCCGUCGUAGCCUCCCUUGGUGACAACCUCGCUUCUCUUGCCGCUGCCGAGAUCGCUCCACCUUGCGAGGACGCUGGCGUCCACUACUGCGGCACUUCGACCGGCUUGCGAAUCCACGCCCACGUUGGUCUUGCCCUGGGCAUGUCGAUACGCCUUGCUGUUGAGG